GUUCCUUUGAGAUAAGGUGUUCAGAAAAACUAAGGGUCCCAAUACCAGCACACACCCCCAACCUACCAAAAAGAAGAUACAAUGCAAGACUUCAGGAGGUCAAGCUAGUAUAAUAUUGCAGAAACAUCUCGAAUUUUUCUUAUCGGAUUAAUUGUGGUUUAAUGGAAAAAAAGAAAAAAAAAAAGGAAUGGAAAUUCUGGGGCUUCUGAAAAUUCGGGUUCUCAGAGGAAUCAAUCUGGCAAGAGUGAAGACCAGUGUUAAAAAGAACAGCUGCAACCCUGUUUGGAAUGAGGAAUUGACUGUUGCAUUGAAGGACCCAAACAUUCCAAUUGUUCUUAGUGUGUACGACAAAGAUACAUUCACCAGAGAUGACAAGAUGGGUGUAGCAGAGAUAGACAUUAAUCCAUACCUGGAAGCUCUGAAGAUGGGCUUACAAGACCUCCCAAAUGGGGUCAAAGUUGAUAGAGUUCAGCCAAGCAAGGACAACUGCCUAGCAUCUGAGAGCUGCAUUGUCUGGGAGAAUGGCAAGAUGAUCCAAGACAUGAUCCUUAGAUUGCGAGAUGUGGAAUGUGGUGAAGUAGAGGUCCAAAUUGAAAUGAUCCCUAAAUGUCUCCCCAAGUGAUCUGCUUGCUGUAUUUUAGACAGUGAAGGAUGGUAUGAAACUACUCUCGAAAACUCUGCAUACAAUAGAAAGGUUUGAAUGAGCAAUGUGACAGCUCAUUUUUACUGUAAGUGAAAUCCUUGAAUAAGACGACCAGUCCAAGGCUUAAUGUAUCGUUGUAUAUGGCACUUCUCCGUUUGCUGCAAUAAGAAUAGUUGUUUCCUGUAA